AUGUGGAAGGCAUUUUUUCUAGGUGUAACUUUUUGGUGGCUGCACAUGACUCGUGAUGUUGGAAAUGCUUUCGCCUUACCGCCAAGAGAUACUUAUGGUAAGUAUAAGGCUCAUAAAGAAAUUAUUUUGAAACCUGUGUGUUAGGCGGACAACCUAACAACCAUUAAGAGAGCGGAAGUGCAAACAAUUCACUUAAUAACCAGCUCCCUUAUAACUAAUCUUUUGGCCCUGUGGUUUGAAUGUUAGCAUCGACGACGAGUACGAGUAUGAGUUCUAGAACGAGAUCAGCGAUUUUGCGUAGUGCGCAUCCGUUUUGCGCAUCUCCACGUUUUCAGGUCGUCCUGUCAAGUUGCACUACGACGAAUUCUCACCAAAACCUUGAAGUGGGUAGAACUACUGGGAAGAGCUAGUUUUCAAAGGUAAAUUCCGAUCGUUUAAUGCAGUUUCUUUUCGUUUCUAGCCUCUCUUUAUCAUCUUGAACAUUCCUUAUAUUAUGUUUUAUGUAAAAUACUGCCUUUGAAGCCGAGGAAAAGCAACCAAACGCGACAUUUCCUACACAGUUCUAUAAACUCGAACUCGGUGUCAUCGCUAUCAUAGAAAGCUGAGAAAACGACUUCGAGUACGAGUACGGCUUGAAGUUGUUCUCGUACUCGUACUUGUUGAUGCUAACAUCCUCCAAUAUUACAUUCAGCACCGUCUAAGUGUCCAAAAAAAAUGGACCAAAAAAACGACUAUGUCACUUAGGACUUUCUAUGAUUUAUUCAUAGCAAAUUACAGAUCUUGUUAAAAAUAGGGCUCUUUUAUCUCAAGGGGUUAUUAUCUCAAGCACAACUUCCUUAUGGCAUAUUGAAUAAAUUGACCCCUAUUUUAUCAUACUUUCUCGAUAAAGCGGUGACAAGCUGUAAUUCUUUAUUAAUGAUUAGGUUUUAGAUUUUUAGUGCUAGAAUUUGGCCAAUUAGCAACUUGCACUCAUUCCAAAUGGACGUUUGUAAAUCUCCAAUGACCUCCAUUACGCGAUGAAAUGCUUUCCAAGUUUAAUUAGUUUUUGUUUGAUCGAACAAACUUCAUGCUGUUAAGGUUUUCCAUUUUUAGUUCCGGCUAAUGCCUGCCGUUUUCGACACUGGAGAAAUGUCCUUCAUGCUUUCUUUUAAUGAAAUCUUGAAGCUGUAUGGUAACUGUUCUUAAAGGUUUGGAAAGACCACAAGACCUGAAUUUUCAAGCAGGAUCAGGGUUGAUUGAGUUUCCAAAAAUAUGAUCAUACAUCAACAAUCUAUGCGAAAUUCUUUUAAGAAACAUCAACUUGAAAUGUUACAAUUGCUUGUUUAGAACCGAUGUUAGUUUAUCCGAUUAUUUAAAUCUUUUUCAAAACGACAAACACAGUCAUGAAAUUGCCAAGUUAAGAUUAAGCUCAAAUUAAUAAUUAAACGCAAUUACAAUUUAAGAAUUGAGUCAAGAACACAUACCCAUAAUAUCCUGCUUCUCAGAAAAGCAAAGAAAAUACGUAUUUCCCGUUCAGAAUGUAACUUCAAUAUGCACACUACAGCACAGGACCGUCAACCUCCCACAAGUUCAAAUAUUGAAAAAUGACAGGGAGGGGAUAAUAGAUGACGUAAUAAUGCACGACACAUGGGGUGCGUACCAUUUGACAGAAAAUUUCGGAAAUUCCGGAUGGAAGGUAAAUGGUAAGUUCACUUUUCGGAAAUUCCAACCGAAAAUUGAGGAGUACGUUUUGAGGUAGUCCUUUCAUUCCGGUUGGUACGAACCAAACGGAAUAUUGCUUACCAUUAACCAAUUUCUCGGUUCUUUCUCGGUUCCAGACUCACGAUAAAACUUCGCCCUUUUUUGGAUUCAAACCGAAACGGAUGUGGCAUUUCAACGGUAAACUGGUAAAUCGCAUACCAUUAUGCUUUCGACACCCCAAACGCAUUUUUCUGUCAAAUGGUAGGCACCCAUGAUUUCAUUUGUGCAAAAAAAUGCGAAAAGAUGUUUUUAAAAUUGCAACGUUUGUACCUGCUUGGUUUAAUUCCCACCAAUCACAUUAUUGCUUAUAUUACAAUGGCAUACCGGAGUUUGUAAGGAAACCUUCGAUGUUAAAAGUUAAAUAGGUCAAACAACGCAAAAUAUUUGAAAUUUCAUUGACAGAAAGAUGAAUCAUCAAGAAAUUGCAAACUUCGGCAAUUAUGCGGGAGAUUUCAGACUCUUAUACUACAACAGGAAAAAUUUCUGCAACUUGAUUGGCUCAGUGCACUUGGUAUUUCAGCUUAAUUUGAAAUACCUACAUGUGAAAAUUACAAACCUUUUGUGAUAUUUCAAAAUUCUCUCAAAUUUCAAUUACGUUCAACAAUUUUGAAAUAUCACUCGUGGUAUUUAUGCCAAAUAUCACUACAAAUCAUGCUAUUACCUGUACUAAUCUGGAGACCGGGAGAAACGGUUCAAAAUCGGGAGCCUCCCGGAUUAUCCGGGAGCGUUGACUGACUACAGAGGACAAUUAUUUCAUAAUUAAUCAUCCUAACUAUGAAUUGAUAAACUGUAGCUUUUCAUGCCUUCUGCACCCGUUUGUCAAGUUUUCUGUUUCGGAGAGAACAGGGUGUACGGUGGACGUUGUUUAUUUCAUCGAUCAUAUUUUGAGAGCUAGGUUCCCCCAAACUGUAUUUGACUUCACCCGAAUGCGAAGAUAGAGCUACAGGAUAAUCUAAGGUUCUCGAACCAUCGAUUUAUUCGCCCCAUGUGUUAAGGGCAUACGAAUUCCGGAAUCCGUGAAAUAAUUGGUUGUGGAAUCCGGAAUCCUGGGCUUUGGGAUCCGAGAUACAGCUCAAAAAAAUCAGGAACCCAAAUUCCACUAAAAAGGACUGGAAGCAAGUGCCUGGAAUCCGGAAAACCAGCCGUGGAAUCCAGAAUCUCAGUAAGACUGUCUUGGAUUCCUUUAAUUAGAAGGAGCGAAUUUAUCGGAUCUCCCGAAAACUCAAACCAAAACUGGCUUCCCUCUUUCAGUCAUGUAAUGUUUUGAAUUGGCUCCAGAUAUUAUGCAAGCCAAUUUUCUUUGGGAUUUAACUGUAUUUUGUCUUAAUGUUAUGCAAAAAAAUAUAGACAAAUAAUAAAACAAUGUGGAUGGCGUUAGGAUCUGCUAGCUAAUUUGCGUAAAGGCUUUAUUUGGUAAAAGUACAUUCAAGUAAAUAGUGCUGCGCUAACAAUAAUUCCGGGAUGUUCCGGAUGCGUUACUCAGGGAUUUUAUCGAUAAAUUGGAACGCCAGAAAGCAAAACAAGUCAAUUGCCUGGCUAUGAAAGCGUGAUUAACUAGACAUCACUCAAAUUCGUUUUCCCCCAUAACAUUUCAAACUAUUCACUAUUUUUAAAAAGACCACAGUGCAUUCUUGUUUACUACUCAACAUUUUGCUUAACCAUUGUUAAGGGGGCUAAAUAAGGUGCAUUAUGGUCUAUGCGAAAAUGGUGAGAUCGUGAAAGAGAUGAAUACAUAUUCAUUUGUCACACUGAAUUUAAAAUUCAGAUAUUAAUAGAGGUUGACUACUUAAAUCUUAAACACCGUUUUAAUUAAUGAACAUCUAUUUUUGUUCCAGGCCUCAAUAUGUUUCUGCAUAAUAAUGGCAAAGAAUGUCUAAACCGGGUCGCGAUGUUUCCACUUUUCACGUUGGACACUUCUUUUGCACCAGAGCAAGAAAGACAGGUUUUACUAGACAUAUAUGAAUCCACAAACGGCCAAAAAUGGUUCGACAGACGGGGAUGGGCCAGCCUUGCAAAAGAAAAAUCUCACUGUUCCUGGUAUGGUAUUACCUGCCACGGAAACACUUCAUACGUAAAAACAAUUGUGUUGGCUUACAACAACUUGGACGGCUCCCUUCCUUCCACCAUUUGGAAGAUCAGAAACUUGUUUUCUCUAUGCGUUGUGGGAAAUCCAAAUCUACAUGGACGUCUUGACGACUUUCUCUUUGGAAAUAUGACUAACCUGCUUUCCGUCGGGUUGACUGCCUCUUCUGUUGGUGGAUAUAUCCCAGAGGACUUCAGCAAACUUAGAAAACUGCAGAAUUUCAUGGCUUGCCCUAUGAAUGGUAACGGUAUCUCAGGUCGUUUACCCCACGACAUAGGAAAUAUGAGGGAGCUACGAUUAUUGGGUCUUGGCGGAAAUAACAUAAGUGGAGAAAUACCAAGAAGUAUUUCUCGAUUAAACAAGCUUUGGUAUCUCGAUCUAAGGAAUAACCCUGGUACGAUGUAUGGGAGGCUGAGUGACUUAUUUUCGCUUUCUUCGUUGAGACAGUUGUUCGUAUCUGGGAUUCAACUAACCGGACGCAUGCCUCGUGUGUUGCCAAAAAGGUUUUGGUACCUUGUUCUACCCGGAAACAACAUUUCAGGUACGCUUCCGAAAACGUUCAAAAAUAACAGCAACCUCUAUGUAUUAAAUGUCGCCAACAACCGACUUACAGGGGAUAUACCAGGUGAUUUGCUUUCCCUGCCACAGUUAUAUAUGCUUGACGUGUCACAGAAUCGUUUUUCUUCAUUUAACCAAGGAAAGGCCUGGCCAGAUGAUGCCACAGUAAAUGAAAGUUUAUCCAUCUCUUUAGCGGACAAUAGGAAUCUGUCAAUGAAUUUUACAAGCUUCAUUGGCCUUUUCCGCCAAUAUAUGGAUCAAGGGACUGACAGCCCUGCGACUUUGAAUGUGAGCUUCUGUGGUAUCAGUAGUCCAAUACCAGACAAUGUGCUUUACAUGGAGAGAUUGUCUGUUUGUGACUUACGUGGUAAUAACUUUUUUGGACCUAUACCAACUUUCAUCGGAGACUUUUCUUUUCUAACCACUUUUGAUAUUUCAUCAAAUAACCUGACUGGAGGUUUUCCUGCUGGAAUUCAAAACUUGGUAUCCCUCCAAAAUUUGGAUAUUUCUGGAAACCCUUUUAUGCGAGAAGGAAAUGGGGCAACGUCUAAUACCUUUCAACCUGAUUUUUUAAGAAUGAUUAAACCACACAAAGCAAACAAUUUCACCUGCCCAGAAGGAAGACUCACCUUCAACAAUGGUCUCAUUCGCGUAGAUCCGACCUUUUAUGAGUACAAAUACUGCGUCUGCGAUGAAGGUUUCUACGGAGAAAAAGGUUUGUGCAAACAGUGCAUGAAGGAUGGGACAUGUCACAGACUUGCACCCGGUUCGGCAGAAGAUCUUCGUCCCAGCAUCAUGAACAUAAGCAGCGGUUACUGGCCAUCCCCUGAUCCUGCUAACGCUACCCAUCUUGUCAAAUGUCCUGUUAAAUCUGCCUGCAAUCCAACAGGUUUAUGUAGCUGUAGACUAGUCACAUCGCCAAAAGAUACUCGUGCGCCCUUCCAGAGACUUGCAAUGUCAUCUCUGACCACAACAUGCGACAUUUCUUGUAUCUGUCAUCUAGGAAACACGGACAGAUUUUGCUCUCGGUGUAAAUAUGGCUUCUAUAAACUAAGUGGACUAUGCUUUCAAUGUAGAAAUGGCGAUUCAUUUUACUAUUAUUUGUUUAUCCCUAUGUUUGCAGCAUCCUUCCUUGUUUUAAUCUGGUCGUAUUUUUAUUAUAAUGUGCGUCCAGCGAAAUGGUUUGCUGUGGCUGCUGUUCAUUUCCUUUUGAUGUUAAUUAUGACGCUUUUAGAAUUCCUACCAGCAUGGUUUUUCAAAUUAAACCUGGUUGUUUUCGUGCUGUGUAUGACUAGUAGAGGGAAGACUGCUCGUUCUCUUAUCAGCAUCGCGGUGUUUUACAUCCAGACGAUGGACUUCAUGGUAUCAAGCGUCAAUGUUUGGCCUAAGAAAGUGAUUGCAGCUCAAAGCUACUUGAGCAGCUACUGGAACUUAUAUUUUCCCGCUCUUUCUUGUGAUUUGCCUUCUCUUUUUACCCCUGUUGGUAAGUUUGUGUUUCUUCUUCUUCUACCGGUGGUGUGCCUGUCUACCGUGGGUGCGUAUUUUAUCAUCAUGCUGACUAUGCAGAGGUUCCGCCCAAACACAAGGCGUAUGGAACAGGUUCACUUCAAAUGCCGCCAAACCGCCUUCUUCUGCCUAAGCUUCAGCUACUUUCCCAUUGUAAAACAAACGCUCUCCAUUGUACGUCCAUGUCACAAGGACCUGAAUGUGCUCUACAUGCCAUCUUCUCCUUGGAUAGAGUGCAUAUCUGACACAUACCUCAAGUUAACAACACUAGGAAUUGUCUCCGUUGUGGUCUACGUAAUUGGAUUUCCCUUGAUGGUCAUCUCCUUGAUGUUGCUCUUUUUCCCCAAGAGAAGCUCUAUGAGUCCUGAAGAUCGAAAGAAACUUGAUGUAUGGCUUGGUCCGAUCUACUUACCCUACAAACCUAAGUACCAGGCGUUCUUCGAAGUUGUCAUGCUCUUACGUCGCCUGAUUCUCGCCAUCGCUCUGUCCAUGAUUCCAUCGUCAUCUACACUGCAAACCUUUGUAGUGUGGCUUGUACUUAUGGUUUCAUCGAUUAUUCAUCUUAUUUUAAGGCCAUACGACACGCAACCGGGUAGGAGAGAAGGAGAAACCGACUGUCAACACGAAAGACUAAAGCUCAGAGGCAUUUUCAGUGAGAAUGUCUUUGAGCCUCUUGUGUUGUUCGUCUUAUCGAUGUCAUUCAUGGUAUUACGAUUUUCAACUUUGGAUGUCAACGACACUAACUUUUUUGUUUGGUUUGUGAUGGUCGUCAACACCUGUGUCCUGAUCGGUUUGUUAGGUGGCAUCCUAUAUCGUCUCGCUGGUAAAAUUACGGUCCCUGGUAAUGCCAAUGAAAAUGGUGAUAGAUUUGAAGAAGAAGGAGAGGAGAGGAGCCAUUUAUUGCGAUUUGGUGCACGCUGCAGAUACCAGUCUAUAAAUAACGACCCUUAA